AUAUUUAAUAUUUGAUUUAAUGUUAUUUCAAUAUUUUAUAAUUAUUUAAAUAAUAAUUUAGUAUUGAUUGGCUCUAUAACAUCGACGGUGUUAUUAUUUUAGAUGUGUUGAGGGUCAAUUCAUAGCCGAGGGAAACUGUUGCUUUACGGCCAAUUUUAAAGUCCCGUUCGACUGCCGCUAGAGGGCGAAUGGGGCGAAUGCGAUAAUCGUAUGCGAAUGACGUGUGCAGUGGAAAGGCGGGGAAAUGCGCUCAUUUCCAAGGCGUUUCCGUUAUCUUGCAUCUGCAGGUCACGCUUCUGAGAGGAUGUGUGCGCGCGCCCUCAGAUUCAGUAUAAGUGACAUAUAGGAAGCGCGCGACUUCAACUCGAGGACAACACUGCGGAUUAAUUUCAAAGGUCUCCGUAAUGGCAGAGUUGCUUAGGGCACUCCUGAGCGUGGCAGAAAAAGCCGCAAACGUGGCACGCGUCUGUCGCCAAGAAGCGACUCUUUUUGAGCUCCUGGUCCAGGAAAAGACAGGAGCUGACAAAAACAAGAAAUUCGUCCAGGACUUCAAGACGCUUGCUGAUGUGGUGAUACAGGAAAUGAUUCGCCAUGAUGUCUGUGCCCAGUUUCCAGAACUGACUGGCUUUAUUCAUGGGGAGGAGUCAAACAAGUUUGAGAAUGGGCUCGGGGAGAGUGUCACAGUGACGGUCUGUGCUCGGGAACAGGACACAACUGCUCUGUUGGCUAAAGUCCUGGAUGGGGAUCAAACCGCCGCGUCCCUCUUGAGCAAAGCCAUCCAUCAGGACCUUCAGCUCACGGACCAAACUGCCGAAUCCCUGCAGCUGUCAGUCAGCCCAGCCGACGUGGGCAUCUGGAUCGAUCCCAUCGAUGGGACAAGUCAGUACAUUGAAGGGAAAGAGGAAGAGGAGCCGGAUGAAGGCUUUUGUCCUUCUGGACUCCCGUGCGCUCUGGUUCUGAUUGGGGUUUAUUUACGAGCCACGGGUCAACCAGUCAUGGGUGUCAUAAACCAGCCGUUCAACCGCAAAGACUCUACGGGUAAAGGAUGGAAAGGCCAGCACAUCUGGGGCGUCUCGUAUGGAGACGUGAACGUGUGCUCGUUCACCCGGCCGUCGGAUCCUCAGAAGAACGAGUGUUUGUCUGUUCUGCUGAGCUCCAGCGAGAGACCGGCUGUGACGAGCGCGCUCGCGACGCUCCCCAACGGGUCGCUGCUGUACGCGUCGGGCGCGGGGUACAAGCUCCUGUGUGUGGUGCGGGGUCUGGUGGACGUGUACGUGCUGUCGGAGGGGAGCACGUUUAAGUGGGACUCGUGCGCUCCUCACGCGGUGCUGCGGGCGCUGGGUGGAGGAGUGUCGGAUCUGAGCCAGUGUCUCGCGGGUCACACCACUCAACUCACAUACCAUCAACCACACACACACAGUCAAGGGGUGGAGCGGUGGGCCAACCGAGGAGGAAUCAUCGCUUACUUGGACUCCAGCGUGAUCCAGAAAGUCGUGGAGGCGCUUGCUGGAAAGAUAUGACUGAGAUAUUGUGCAAGUUUGAAUCUUAUUGCAUAAUCUUGUGUCCUUUAUGAUUCUAGUUUCAUAAUGUAUAGUCGCAUAUUCAAUGUUUAUUUAAUUUAGGAAAAAAAAUAUAUAUACACGAAGUUUGAAUUUUUGGAAGAAGCUUCAUUUUCAAGAGAAAUGGGAAAGGGAAGCAAUCAUUACAGAUGAUUUCACACACUUUUUCACAAAGCUAGAAACUGAGCGUUCUCUGGGUUUGGAUCGUCAUGCGUAACGUGGAUAUUCAUAUGCCCUGUUAUGGUGAUGUGUUUGACUUCUCACUCUGAGAAAGGCAGAAGCAUUACGAGUCUCCCACCGGAACGAGUUUGUCCUUCACCGUCUCGUUCUAAUCCUUCACGGAUAUUUAAUCAAAACUAGACAUUUAAGAAAUAUUCUGAAAUAUUAUUACAAUUGAACUGUAUUCUAUGUAAACUGUAAUUUAUUCCUGUGAUCAAAGCUGAAUCUUGUCAUUUUGAUUAAAUAAAUGCAGCUUUGGUGCAUGUAGAGGAAAAACAUUGCUUUACAUGCAGUAUUUAUGGGAUAUUAUAUGUUCAAAACGUAGCUGUAAUAGUCUUCAUUAUGUAUUGAAAUAUUAGAAAAUGAAGACUUAAAAAAAUUAAAAAUUUAUUUUUUUGGUGUAUAUGUUACCAUAAUGGAAAACAGAGCAAAGGAGCUGAUGGGGAAAGGGUGUUAAACAGCUCAGAGGAACAUUAAUGCCCUUUUAUGUGCAAAAAACAUCCUCAUUUAAUUCUCUCCUGGCUUUGAGUCAGUGCUUAUGACUAGAAAAGGAUACAAAGCAUCACUUCACACAACAUACAAGUCAUGUGAUGAGUCAUUUUAUAACAAAUACUGAAUAAAUCUAAUCAAAAUGGUGGUUACACAUCACAUUUUCACAAUAACAAAACCCUGUUCUUUAAAGUGUCAAAAUAUCCACUAUCAGCAUCGGGGAAAUGUACUUUUAAAAGUAACGCAUUAUAAACU